UUUAACCUGCAGUCCCGGUAAACUGUACAAUUCAAAACAUCUAGGGGUCUUCACUGGCACACUCCCCAGCAAAACUAUUUUAGUUUGAAGGUCAGAAGAGUCCACUGUUUGGGUGGAAGCAUGGUUGUCGGCAAGAAGUUGGCCAAAGAGUCCCUGCUGGCGGCUGUUCUGGAGGAUGAUGACGUGGAGACAGACAGUGAGAGAGAGCUUCUGGGCGGGACGAGAAGCAGACCACCCAGCAGGCCCCGGAAAACUUUCAGCAGAGGCGGUGUUGACCAUCAGACAGUGACCCGGUCAGGUUCCGGCCGUUACUCCAACCCCGAGGGGAUGGUGUCAGACGGGGGUGAGAGAAAGGCGGAAGAGUGGGAGGAGGAGGACGACGAAGAGGGCUGUGAAGGCGGAGGUGGUGAUGGAGACAGACAGGAAAAGGGGAGAGAGUGUGUCAUCGCAGCUGCAGAGGAGAACUAUGAUACAGACUUGGAGCUGGAAGAUGUGAGGAAGACGUACGACUCUACGGGCCAGACAUGGUACGUUGAGGCAUGUCGAAUGUUCAACGUGGUCCCUGUCUCCUACUUCCUGAGACACAUGCAGGACACUGAGCUGGCCAUGAUGCACCAUGGCCUAGGGCCUCAGGGCACCAAAGCGCUGGCGGUUCCCUUGGUAACCAACACCUCCCUCUUGAAGCUGAACCUAAGGGAUAAUUGGAUGGAGGGGAUGGGCGGGGCCGCCAUGGCCGAGAUGUUGAAGGAGAACUGUUACAUCACAGAGUUGGAUCUGGGGGAGAACAGGCUUGGGGAGCAUGGAGCCCUGGCCCUGUCCAGCAUGCUCCUGGAGAACACCACUCUGGUCUCCCUCAACCUUUCUGGGAACGGGCUUCCUGACAGCACUGCACAACACCUGGCCCAGGCCUUGACCUCUAAUAACAAACUAGAGACACUGGACCUAAGUCACAACACCAUGGGAGAUGCAGCAGGUGAGAUUCUAGGCCAUGCUAUCGCCGAGAACACAGGGAUGAGAUCACUGAGCCUGGCCUGGAACUGUAUAAGGGGGAAAGGAGCGGUGGCGUUGGCUAAAGGCCUUGGGGCUAACAUAUUCCUCAGAACCCUGGAUCUGUCUUAUAAUGGUCUGGGGAAGGAUGGGGCUGUUGCUUUAGGACAUGCGCUAAAAGACAACAACACUCUAGAGGAGCUAAAUAUUAGUAACAAUCGAAUACCCCCUGAAGGCGCGAUCCGCUUCGCCAUGGGCCUCAAAGUAAACAAGACAAUCAAAGUGCUCAAUAUGGGGAGGAAUCCUAUACAGUCUUCUGGGUGUUACGGACUCCUAAAAGCCAUUCAGGACAACCUAAAAUCAGCAAUGGAGAGCUUGGACUUUUCUGACAUCACAGUGAAUCAGGACUUUGAGGAUUUAUACAUUGCAGUUAUGGAUGUAUUCCCAAACAUCAGAAUCAAACAUGGAGGGAGAAUUGAGACCUUCAGAAAACCGAAGGCCUAACUGAGAGGUUUUCCGUUUGACAUUGGUUGCAUGAGAGGCCUUGCUAGGAUCACAAUGCAUUCAGGGCUAAUGUUUUGUGAUAUAUAUAUUUUGCACCAUAUGUGAACUUUGAACAUUUAUAUAAGGCUUACAUUGGAAAAUGUGGACAGGUGACAGGGCCUACCCAACAAACCAUUACACUUCUAUUAAUUUGUGUAACAUGUCAAACUGUCAAUACAUGUUUCUUAAUUAAGUUUGUUUCAUUAAAUAUUGUGUGAGUACAAAAUUAAGUGAAUUUAGAAAGAUACACGCAUCUCAUCGACAUGCCAACGUUAAACUAUCCUAUAGUAAUAUGUCAGUUUCAAUGUCCAGUCAAAGUCCAGUAGCUCGGAUCAUCGUUUUGCAAUCCUCCCAUUGAUCCUCCCCUUUAAAGAUACGUGCAGGGGCGCAUGACACAUUUUUAAAGUUACCCGCGCGACUAGCAGGAAUUUCAGCUACAGGCAGGUAACGGCUGAUGAAAUUUUAUUAAAACUGCAACUAUUGUUUACCUCGUAAACAUUUAACGUAUACAAGAAAGAGACAGAAACGUCUUCAUUCGAUUUAAGCAGGAGAUGGCAGCGACGUCUUCAAUGUUGGCCAAGUGCCAAGUUCUGUGCAGGCAUGCUAGCAAGUUGCAAGUCAUAAUAAACAUUUAAAUGUACUCGCUAGCGGCCUACACGUCUACAUUGCCAUAACGCGCAAUUGGAAUUGUAGAUGAAUAAAUCAUAGAU